UGGCAUCGGCUAAAUUGUGUCGGCAACAGUGAUGGGGGUUCUACAGAUGAAAUAAUUAAGCUCUAGAUUUAUAUUGUAAUUAAUGAAACUAUGGAUUUCUAUAAAUUAUCUAACUAUUUUUCAUUAUUACUGAAUACAGAAAAACUCACUUAUAGAAAUUUAAAUCAAUUGAGCAAUAAAACCUUCCUUUUGGACUAUAUUGUGAUUUGCAGACUAUGAAAAUGAACUGCUUUUAAAAUAUAUUUAAAAAUUAUUUGAGUACAUUAUACAUUUUUUUAAAUACAUAUAUUGUAAUGUUUCUAAUAUUGAAUCGAAGUUUCUUAUGCAUUGAUUGUCAAUCCUUUAGCCAACAAUUUUAAAGACAUUUAGGAAAAUCGAAUUUUAUGAUUUUUAUUGAUAAUAAAAAGCUGUGUUAAACAGAAAGCGUAACUCUUUUAUUGUACUCUUGAAAAAUUCUUAAACAAUAUUUUAAAUGGUUUUUGAUAGAAAUGAACAAGAAAUUAAAUAAAGAAAUUUCCAUUAUACAAUAAAGCCUCAUAUUUAUCGUAAUGGGCAACAAAGUCUCAUGUUGCUCUUGUCAGAGUCCAACUUUUGCAAGAAAAGUUGAUGAAGGUCAUCUAGAUGAUUAUAGCCGAAAUUUCUAUCCUGAUGAAAGUAUAUCCAAUCUUCAACAUAUAAGUGAAAGAGAACCAGAAGAUUUUGAUGCUGAUCCAUCUACUCACCCAACUGCUGGGCCAUUAUUUAUGCAAAGAUCUAAAAGUGAUAUGAGAUAUUUUCGAGAGAAAAGGAGAAGCCAUAGUAAUUUACUAGAAACUAGACCUUUAAAGAAAUCAAGUUCAUGUUCCACUAUUUAUUUAGAUGAUAGCACAGUUAGUCAACCAAACUUAAAAAAUACGAUCAAGUGUGUUGCCUUAGCAAUAUAUUAUCACAUUCGCAAUCGGACAUCUAAUCGUACCCUAGAUAUAUUUGAUGAAAGAAUUCACCCAUUGUCAAAAGAUAAGAUUCUAGAUGAUACUGAUUUAAAAGAUCCUGACCAUCGUAGUAUAUGUAGAUUUGUUAGAACCUUAUUUAGUGCUGCUCAAUUAACUGCGGAAUGUGCCAUAAUAACUCUUGUUUAUUUAGAGAGACUUUUAACCUAUGCAGAAAUAGAUAUUGUUCCUAGCACAUGGAGACGAAUUGUUUUGGGUGCAAUUCUUUUAUCUUCUAAAGUUUGGGACGACCAAGCAGUUUGGAAUGUAGAUUAUUGUCAGAUUCUUAAAGAUAUUAGCAUAGAAGACAUGAAUGAGUUAGAAAGACAGUUUCUUGAAAUGCUACAGUUCAAUAUUAAUGUUCCUGCUAGUGUAUAUGCAAAAUAUUACUUUGAUCUACGAAGCUUGGCUGAUCAAAAUGAAUUAACGUUUCCUACUGAACCUUUGAGUAAACAAAGAGCUCAGAAACUGGAGGCUAUGUCUCAAGCUAUGUCCAGUACAUUAAUGGACUUGCAUCAAAAUGGUAUUAGAAAAUGGUAUAGUUUAGACAACUUUAUUGUGUUACGCAAAAGUGCUGCUAUCUUAUCCUGACGAAAGUGGAAAUUGAUUUGUAAAAUUCUAGCUCAGGUGCUUGCCAAAGUUGUUGUAGGAAGAGAAAUAUCUGGCUGUGAUCAUGAUUCUAUGUCCACAGUAUUUAGAACAGCAUUUCUGAAACUUGUGGAAUUAUCCUUAUACCAUCCAUGAUGUUAAAUAUAUCCUAUACUCUGUGCACCUGUUCUUUUUUAUACAAAUGUGAAAAAGUGAUAGUUUGCAAUGUAUUCAUUUGAAUAGUUCUUUUGUAAAUUAGAAUUUCUUUUUAUAUAUACUUACUUGAAAAAUGUAAAUGACUGCUUAGACACGUUAUAUUGAAAUGGUACUUAUAUUAAAAGGUAAUUGUAGUUCUCCUUAUUAAUAUAAUUUUAUUUUUAAAUUAUUUUAAAUCAAGUUAUAGGCUUAUGAUUAAGUAUACUUUUAGCAAUUCAAAAAAAUUCUUAUUGCGCUACAUUCUACCAAUUUGCUAAGUAUCUUUUGUGUUCUUUUAAUUUGCUUUCAAAUUGCAAAAGUUUUAUACAUAUUUACAUUCAAUUAAUUGAUCGAUAGUUUUUAAAAAGUUUACAUCAUUUGAAAAUGAAUUGAUCUAUAAAAUAUAUAAUUGGCCUAUCUUUUUGCUGGCUUUUUUUUUCCCAUUGUUAUAUACUAUAUACAGUAUAUUACAAACGUCCUAUUGUUAUAAUUCAAUUUUUUAUUUUUUUUCUCAUAAAAUUAUUUCAAAAUUACUAUAUUUUCAGCCAUUUUUACAUUUAGUUGAUCAGUAAUUUUUAAAAAGUUUACAUAAUUUCCAAAUGAAUUGAUUUACAAAAUUUAUAAUAAUUAGUAUAGCCUUUUGCUGAUGCAUAUUUUAUCCCUUGUUAUAUUUUGUUUACAAUACUACUAGUUCCCCAUUGUUAUAUCUAUUUAUUAUAUUCUUUUGCCCUAAAAUUUACUUUUGAAUUAUAUUUUUACUUUCAAUCAAUCAAUAAUUUUAACUUAUUCAAAAUGAAUUUAUUUACAAAAUCUAUUAUAAUCAAUAUAGCGUUUUGCUGAUAUAUGUUUUCUAUUAUUAUAUUUUGUGUACAAUAUAGUGCUAGUUUUUCCAUUGUUAUAUUUCAAUUAGUUAUAUUCUUUUGUCUUAAAAUUAAUUUUUAAAUUAAAACAUUUUUAAUCAUUUUUACAUUCAAUUGAUCAAUAAUUUUUAAAAAGUUAACAUUUAUAUAAGAAUCAAUUUACAAAAUAUAUUAUAAUUGGUAUAGCUCUUUCCUGAAGUGUGUUUUUUCUAUUGUUAUAUUCCGUGUACAAUAUAUUGCAAUUUUCCCUUUGUUAUGUUUCAAGUCAAGUUCCCCACUAUUUAAAAACAAAAAUACUUUUCUCUCAUCUAAAACUUUUUGUUUAAUUUUAUUUUAGGAGAAUAAAGAAAAUGCUCAACAAUUAAGUGAGAUAACCCAUUAUUCUUCACGGCCUUUUUUAUUAUAUUGUUUACCUUAUUUUUUAGCGUUUUUUCUUUAUUUUACAGUUGCAUUAUUUUAAAAAAAUCUAUUUUUUCUAAGAAUGGUGCUUCCAUGCGAUUAAAGGAGAGGGAUGUCUUCCUUCUUAAACUGUUUCUCUGUUUAUUUGUUUUUCUGGUAUUCUAAUUUUCAUUUACUCUUAUUCCACAGAUUGGAUUUUAAACAGUUAUUGUUUAUUCUCAGGAAAGGUAAUAGAUUGCCUUUUACUUUGUUCUAAAUUUUUUCCUUCGAAUUCUGGCGUUCGCAUAUAAAAUUUUGUAUAUAAGUGCCUUGAAAAUUUUCAGCUUAAAUCUUUUAAGAAGGAAAU